ACCCAUCUCAGAUUUGGUCUCUUACUCUCUCUCUCUCUCUCUCUCUCUCUGGAAUUUUCUUGUUUCCUCCUUCGACAAUGUCUAGUUCUGAAUCUGAACAAGACAUUCCCACACUUAAAACUCCACUGAUCGAAGAAACUGAGACAAAAUUCCCAUAUCGUUUUUCUCAUGUUUUAUCAGAAGCAAAAUCCAUAGCCGAUAUAGCAUUUCCUAUGAUUCUUGUCGGCUUUUUAAUGUACUCUCGUUCCAUGAUUUCCAUGUUGUUUCUUGGUCGAUUAGGUGGUUUAUCCUUGGCCGGUGGUUCACUUGCUAUUGGCUUUGCUAAUAUCACUGGCUACUCUCUUCUCUCGGGUCUUGCUAUGGGUAUGGAACCCAUUUGUGGUCAAGCUUUUGGUGCUAAAAGAUUCAAACUCUUAGGCCUUACCCUUCAAAGAACCAUCAUUCUUCUCUUGAUUUCUUCAUUACCCAUUUCGUUUUUAUGGUUUAAUAUGAAGAAAAUCCUUCUCUUUUGUGGUCAAGACGUUGAUAUUGCUAAUGAAGCUCAUUCCUAUAUCCUCUGUUCUCUCCCUGAUUUAGUUGCUCUCUCUUUUCUUCAUCCUUUAAGGAUUUACCUUCGUAGUCAAUCCAUUAAUCUCCCCCUUACUUAUUGUGCUAUUUUAGCCAUUCUAUUUCACAUCCCAAUUAAUUACUUUUUCGUCUGUGUUUUCGAAUGGGGGAUUCGCGGUGUCGCUUUAGGAGCCGUUUGGACUAAUUUCAACUUCGUCGGAUCACUCGUCGUCUUUGUCUUGUUCUCCGGCGUGUACAAGAAAACAUGGCCCGGAAUGUCGUCGGAUUGUUUGAAAGAAUGGAAAUCGUUACUUGGGCUAGCAAUUCCAAGCUGUAUUUCGGUUUGUUUAGAAUGGUGGUGGUAUGAAAUCAUGAUUUUAUUAAGUGGGUUCAUGUUGAAUCCUCAAUCCACAGUGGCUUCAAUGGGGAUUUUAAUACAAACCACUGCUUUAAUCUACAUUUUCCCAUCAUCCUUAAGCUUUGGAGUAUCAACAAGAGUGGGAAAUGAAUUGGGUGCAAAUCAUCCAAACAAAGCAAAAUUAGCCGCCAUUGUUGGACUCUGUAUAAGCUUCUUCUUGGGAAUUUCAGCAUUGCUAUUCGCUUUCAAAAUCCGGAAAGUAUGGGCGACAAUGUUCACAGAAGACAUACAAAUAAUCGAGUUAACAUCGUUAAUUCUUCCCAUAAUCGGACUCUGUGAGUUAGGGAACUGUCCACAGACGACAAGUUGUGGGGUCUUAAGAGGAACAGCAAGGCCAAAAUUGGGGGCGAACAUAAACUUAGGAUGUUUUUAUAUGGUGGGAAUGCCAGUGGCGAUAUGGCUGAGCUUUUACGGCGGUUGGGACUUCAAAGGGCUGUGGAUUGGGCUGUUGGCAGCGCAGGCGAGUUGUGCAAUGACGAUGCUGAUGGUUCUAACUCGAACCAAUUGGGAAGAACAGGCGGAGAGGGCAAAGGAAUUGACUAAAAAUGGACUGGAGGAGAUUGAGGAUGAUGAAGAAGAAGAAGAAGAAGAAAAUCAGGAACUUGAUGUUGAACAACAAGAAGCAGAAGAAGAAGCAGAAGAAGAAGAUGAAGACGAUGAUGGUGAUGAAAUAAAAGAGUGUUUGAAUUCAAAGCAUGGAAGUGAUAUGAUAGUGUGAAGUGAAGAGGUUGAAUAAGGGUAGAUUUGGGAAUUUUGACACAGCUAGGAAUGUUUUUUUUUUUUUUUUUUUCUUUCAUUUUGAGUAAAAAAAUGUUUUCUUUUUUGUAUAGGGUAGAAGAAGGGUAUAUGAAAAUGAGGACCAAUUUUAUUGAUGGUGUUAUUAUCCAUAGCAUAGUGAAUAUAAAUUGAGUUUCUCUCUCAA